GUCAAAACGACAUUAUUACUCAGUUGGUCUAAUCUCACAAAACGACGCCGCGUGUAGCGCUCUCCCAAUUAUUUCGUCUCCUUUGUUCAAAAUCCGAAAGCCCCUUCCACCAUUUCUCCAUCUCCGAGAGACAAAUCAAAGAGAAGCAAACCAGUUUCAAAGAGAGAGACCCGAAAACCUGAAUUGAACCCGGAAAAAAUGGGCAAGGAUCUGAGCGACGACCAAGUAUCGUCAAUGAAGGAGGCGUUCACGCUCUUCGACACUGACAAUGACGGCAAGAUCGCUCCUUCGGAACUGGGGAUCCUGAUGCGAUCGCUCGGAGGCAACCCGACCCAGGCCCAACUCAAAUCCAUAGUCGCCGAGGAGAAGCUCACGGCCCCCUUCGACUUCCCUCGCUUCCUCGACCUCAUGGGCAAGCACAUGAAGCCCGAGCCCUUCGAUCGCCAGCUCCGCGACGCCUUCAAGGUCCUCGACAAGGACUCCACCGGCUUCGUCUCGGUCUCGGAGCUCCGGCACAUCCUCACUAGCAUCGGCGAGAAAUUGGAACCAUCCGAGUUUGACGAGUGGAUCCGGGAGGUCGAUGUGGGGUCCGAUGGGAAGAUCAAAUACGAGGACUUCAUUGCCAGAAUGGUGGCCAAGUGAGAAGCGAAACGGUGUGUUUUGACUGAUUAAGUGGUUUGUGGAAGUAAUUUGGAGCUAAUGUAUGUUUUUCUUUUUCUUUUUUUGGUGAUAUGGAGAUUUUAGGGUUUGUUUGUUUUGGAUUUUGUUUGUGAUGAAUUGAAUUGUCUCAGUACUGGUAAAUUUCAAGGUGUUUGGAAUGUAAGUGUUGAUGGUUUCAUGGAAUGUAAUCUGGAUUUGCUAGAUUA